AGGAGGAGGACGGCAGAAUGGAGAAGAAACAGUUGUGCGUUUUUCAAUCAGUAUCAGCAUAAGUAGCAAACGUAGCAAACAAACAAAUUUUCACGUCGAGCUCAGUGUGGAAUGGAGUGUGUGUGAAUGUGUGCGUGAUACACCGUGUUGAAUGUAGGUGUAGUGUAUAAUUUACCGUAAUUUUCCAACAACCAGCGCGCUGCGACCGAGGUAGCGGCCAUCGUCAAACAUCAUCCCACUUUAGGGAGUUCGUGUCUCCUACAGAAAAAAAACUCCGCAGUGCAUCUUCAAUAGCUUCAAGCAUCUGCCAAGUGAAUCGUUGUUUUCAAUUGAAAAUCGUCAAGUUCUACGUGUGAUAUUUGUUUCGCUACCAUAGCAACAGGCGAGAACGCAAGAUUGUGGGAUUCAUCUUAAGCGAAAAGAUGGUUGUGCAAGUUUUUACGCUCCCAUAUCUGUGAAACACCGAAUAACGGCAGCUUGGCCGAUGAAACGUAUUACGCGAACCCCCUGCAAAAACUACGCAUCAAGGUUAGAUGCGAUCUUCGUGCAAAACGUUUCUUUGAAGUGCCAGCAUAACUAUCUCGAGACACCAGAUUCAAUCACUUUCUCCACUAUCGUCGCCUGGCUGCAAAUAGUAAAAGGAAGCCAGUCGCCAAAGAAGGGUGGACCGGCCUUUAGUAGCCGGUCUUGGUCAAAUGUAAUGCUCAUUGUCGUUACGAUCGAAUAGGCAAAAUGAUGAUUAGCUCAAUCAAUUUAAAGAUACCUGUGUCGGUGUAAUGAGACGGCUUCUUUAUUGCAGAACAAUUACAGAAAAUCUUACCAGCGAUAAGAUUCAGCAACCGUUUUACGCAUGAUAGUGCACGAUAAACCAAUCCAUAUAAGUCAAUAAGUGACGUGAAGACGUGAAUCUGGCUUAAAUUUGAAUGGUCAUUGGCUGCUCUGAUAAACGUGAUUAGUUCUAGUUUCUUACUAGUUAAUCGCGUGUUUGAGACUGGAAAAUUCGUAGAAUAUAUUAUUAUUUACAAAACUAAGGGUCAAACAACAAAUGCAUUAAUCAUUUCCUAUGCAUUGCUGCAUACAAGUGAUUGUAGUAAAAUUGAAUUAGAACUGUGGACAUGUACAUUUGAGUGUACGUUUACAUUUUGUGUGUAUAGUGGGUGUGUAUAGAUGCGACAAAAUGCGCGGCACAAGUCGAAACACCUUCAACUUGAACUUCCCUCUCCGGCGUUUAUUGCUGCAAAGUGCACGAGCUGCACGCGGUAGCCCUCCGCUCGGCCAGAGACUAUGUGACGCGGAAAAAGGGGGCAGCAAUAGUGGAGGCAGUGGUGGACAUGGAAGUGGCACGAAUGGGGGCGGAAAGCAUGAUAAGACUGGAUCUACAGGCCACAGCAGUAAUAAGCACAAUUCCGAUGCAUCUUCACAGCAUUCAGCAAAAUCGCCGGGAAAUCUGGAGCGCGGAACGGGCAACUCGAAACUUACCCCAAGCAGUCACAAAUCAUCACAUAGCUUGCACAGUAAGGGAGGCAGUUCUACUACAACAGGUGGUGCCGGAACAAAUGCAUCCGCUAAUGCCGGAAAAGUGCCGGACGAGUGUCCGUUGUGCUAUGAUGUGUUACCGUCAAGCGACGAGUACUAUGCGCUACUGAAUUGCAAGCACUACGCAUGUAGGGCGUGCCUGGAAAACUAUCUUAUGAUCCAGAUUUCCGAAUCGCGCACGGAUAUCAGUUGCCCUCAAUGCUCCGACUCGAUGCAUCCGACCGACAUACAGACGCUGCUUAAGGCGUUCCCAACGGCCAUCACGAAGUAUGAGGAUUUUAUGGUUCGGCGGGUGCUAUUGUCCGAUCCGGAUUCUCGCUGGUGUCCUGGGCCAGACUGUACUUAUGCUGUUAUCGCUACCGGAUGUGCCUCCUGUCCGAGAAUAUGUUGUCAGCGGCCAGGAUGCGACGUUCAAUUUUGCUAUCACUGCAAAGCGGAAUGGCAUCCAGAUCAAACCUGCGAUGCAGCUCGAGCUUCCCGACAAAGUCCAACACGCGCCCUGUCCGGUAGUAUUAGAAAAAAUUCACAACAUAAAGAUGAAAUUAAACCCUGCCCACGAUGCCAGGUACUCAUCGUUAAGAUGGACGAUGGUUCUUGUAAUCACAUGGUGUGCGCUAUCUGUGGAUCUGAGUUUUGCUGGCUGUGCAUGAAAGAAAUUAGCGAUCUUCACUAUCUGAGCCCAUCGGGAUGUACGUUUUGGGGAAAGAAACCAUGGUCGCGAAAAAAGAAGCUACUUUGGCAGCUGGGCACUCUGGUAGGCGCUCCUCUAGGGAUCGCCUUGGUGGCAGGUAUUGCCGUCCCUGCAAUGAUUAUCGGUAUUCCUGUGUGGGUAGGACGAAAGAUUCAUACUCGCUACAAGUCAGCUGGCAAGCACAAACGCAAUUUAGCCGUUCUGGGAGGAGUAACAGCAUCGGUAAUUGUUUCGCCUGUCCUUGCCGGUUUGGCAGUUGCCAUCGGGGUGCCAAUAUUGUUGUUUUACGUGUACGGUGUUGUGCCUGUCUCACUCUGUCGGGCAGGUUGUGGCGAAGGAACGAAAUUUGAAUUUGACGAAGAAGAAGACAACGGUUCCCGAAACCAUGACGCUGCUAGUGUGGAUGCGGUUUCACGCAUCGGAGCUACCAGUAUUGGAGAGGUAAGCUUAAGCGUGGCUAGCGGAAGCCAUCUCGGCGUGUCCAGCCAACACUCUGCGUAUGGUGUAGCGAACCCGUCAACCACGGCGCUUGCAGGCAGCAUUACAGGGCAUCGUUUGGAAGUGCAGGCUGAUGUGAGCACCUCGGAAACGGCCUCGGCGGUGACGUGCGUAAGUGAAAAGUCGGGUAAUACGCUGAACGAUACCGCCUCUACCAAGGCACUGGCCGGUUCGAUACUGAGCUACAAGCAGCAAGCAGAGUCGAGUGCUUUCAGCGAAGACGGUGCUUCGGAGCGGGUGCGCUUCGACAAUACUGUGUCGUUCGUUAUUGACAGUAAGAAAGAUUCCUGUGAUUUCUUGUACAGCAUCCCAUCGGAUCAGGACACGGCGGCAGAUAAAGCCAGCUUGGGUAGCGGACGAUCAUUCCGCAGCUCUGAGCGUUCGUUCCGUGAUGACUUCGAUUCUACCAGUGUGUCUUCAGCGCACAAGCGCAUCAAUUUCGGCAAACUGAUUCCGAAGCUCAACUCCAGCCAGCAUCGUAAUCUGUCGGUGGAUAGUGCAACCGGAUCGUACAACAUCCCAGAGAACGUCAGUCUGGAGCAGGAGCUAGAGCAAGAGGAGACGACGGCGGCUCAGCAGCAUACCGCUUCAUCGAACUCUUCCGCCGCCACUGUAGCGCUUUCGCGCAACGCAACACAAACGCAGAUGUCGCACUCUUCCGGACUGUCCGCACAUCAACAGCAAAGCACACAGUCCGGUUCGCUGAAUCCGUCGCCCGAGUUUACGGUGCGACAUACAAGCUUCGUUGCAAACCCAUCUUCAAAGCUAGCGAUCGCUUCCAGCAGCAAUAGCAGCAGCAGCAGCAGCAGCAGUUGUUCGUCUAAUGAGGCAAUCAACAGAGCUAUGCUGAUCGAAAAGCCCGCCCUAUCAACUUACAGUGAUAGUGUCUGUUCCUCCGGUCGAGAUGCCGAGGCAGCUCAGAAUCAAAGGAACGAAUCGAAACCACUGGAUUCGCCCCCUUUGUCUGCAAGCUCUUUGAGUGAUAGUUCUAGCCACGAGCAGCCAGCAGCAGCAGCAGCAUCAGCGCCUCCGAAAUCGCGCACUCACAUUUUGCGCAAUUUGUUCUUCUCGCUUCCCAACAGCACGGAAUCGAACGCGCCGACGGAGGCUACGGUAGAAUGCGGACAAGUGACUGUCACGGGUACACGUGCGAAGACCGCUUCCGCCCCAUUAACUUCUCCCCUAUUUCCAUCGUCCCCUUCCACAUCUUCCGCUCCGUCGACGACGCUCACAGGGCCUUCCGCGAGCACGCAAUCAUGAACCGGCCUCCAUGCGUUUGCGAUGGCCAAUUGUUGAUUGUUCCACGGACGGACAAUCAGAUUGCCAUAUCGCGCAAGCGAUAACAAAUGUUGUGGAGUUAUUAUGCAUUUUAACUUCCAGGGGCCAUUCUUUUCUAAUAAGCAUUUUUGCUAUGAGGUUAGCGUAUGGUUAGUUUUCGUUGAAUGAGAAAGAGAUUCUGUAAGAACCUUUUGUUCCGAGUACUAUAACUACUGCCCCCCUCGAGCGUCCAUAAAUAUAUUUAAACAAAAAAACAAGCAAGAAAACGCAUAAAAACGAUAACACAAGACUGUAAUACGCCAGGAGGAAAACGCAUGCAAGAUUGUUUUACGUGGGCCACACACCUCCUGUGAGUCCACCCCAAAAUUGCUCGUAGAUCCUUCGACGAGGCUUCAUGCGUGAACAAAAAAAAGUAAACAUAAUUCAUAAUAUUAAUAAGCACUAGACAACGAGAGCGCGGAUCUAUUAUUAUGCCAAAAUCAGGAGAGCGUGUUAGUUUGUUUGUUUGUUCGUUUAUUUUUCUCCACUACUACAACAACCCGAGGAGAGAGAAUGAGAGACAAUAGAAGCGAUGAGUGUUCCGGGAGAUAGAUUUUUUUGUUAGAUAAGACACUAUUAGGUAGACAGAUAUGGUAGCAAGAAAUUAGUGUCGUUGGAGAAUAGGAAAUUAAAGAAUCACAACGUUCAUGCUAUUUAAGAUAGAGGUUGAAUUGGAGAGAAAAAGCAGAAGAAAUCUUUACCCGCGGUAGACUAAUCUUCGUUGUUUUGUUUUUUUUUUACCUAAUGGGUUCGACAGUAAUAUUUUUUUCUACUGAAAUUAUGUCCAUAUAGUUCAGGAAAUGAUGGUUCGUUUAAAACGUCUUUGCGGGUAAGCAUGUGAAACGGCAACGCAUGAAAUAUAGAAAUUAAUAAUCCCA